AUGGGCUUCACCCGCGUGCUAAUCUGGGGCCUGGCCCUGCAGGCCAUUUUAUCGACACAAGAGGCGUGGGCCGACGAUGAUUUUCGAUUCCAGCAGUGCAGUAACAGUCCGGACAUCUUUGUGACCAUGUCGGGCGUCAACUCCCGAGAGGUCACCGACGCGCGGCUCACCAUCACCAUCUACUACAGGGGCUGGCCCAUCCAGCGCCAGACGCGCGACGUCUGCACCGGGGACCGCCCCAUCGUGCCGCCCUGCCCCUUCGAGCCGGGCAACCUAACAAUUACCAGCAGCGACGCGGUGCCGUUCAUUGCGCCGGUGGGGCCGUACUCCAUGCGCAUGCAGGCGUGGGACCAGAGUGGCGCGGGGGUGAUGUGCGUCGAUAUUUGGUUCCGCGUCGCGGCCCGGCCGUCGGCGGCGGCAGCUGCGGCCGCGGCGACCGCGGCGGGGUUGCCGGGAGUGGCCGGGCGCGGCGACUGGGCGGCGGCGGCGGCGGCGGCGGCCGAGGCGGCGGAUCAGGACGCGUGGCCGCGGGAGGAGGGCGACGCGCGGCUGCAGGGGCGGAGGUGGAUGCGGCCGCGGCCCGGCGGGCCAACACCUGCGGCCGGCACGCAGUUCUGA